AUGCUGAGCUUAAAGAAUUUCAAGAAAAAAUAUGUUAAAUUACCCCCAGAAAAGCCUCAACUUACAUCCAACGAAUCUAAAUCGUCCUUGAAGUCAUCAGGUGAUGUGUUUCUUGAUAGAAAUAAAGUAAAUCUUCUUGCAAAAUGGCUUGAUAAAUUAAACCAACAACACUUGAUAACUGUAACAGAACAGAACGAUAUUGUGAUUAUGCCUGGCGGUGAGAACGACCAAGCUCAACAAAUAUUUAUCAAUCACGCUGAUGUCAAUGCUUACAUCGAAACCAAGGUAAAUAAAAGCAAUAAAAUAAACGAAUAUGAAGUCGCCACGAUGCCUGAUAUUGCUUCAAUUCUGCUCAAAUACAAAUAUGUCAACGAUUCGUCUGGACAGAUGGUCUUUAGUACUCAGACAGUUCCAUCGGACAGAAAUGAAUUAAUAUGGCUUCAAUCAAUUGUGUAUGGUGCUCAGCUUGAUUCACAAUCUCGUGAGACCUGUGUCAAAUUAUUUGAUGGUAAUAGUAUGGAAUCGUUGUAUAUUCCGUGGGAAUACAUGGCACCCACUGAUGAUGUACGGGCCAUAGCUAAUUAUCUUUUUCGGAAUGGACGUGUUCGUUAUGAUAUCGAUACGGGAGCAUAUGCCUAUCGUUACGUUGAACCCGAUAUUCUUCUCGACAAAAAAAACGAUUCACCAGAACGAAUUGCCAAACGUCAAAUGCUCUCUUUUCACAUUAGCCGUAUCUAUGUUGAUGAAAAAAAUAAACGUAUUGAACUGGAAUUUCUAGACAAAGCUAAUCAACUGCUUACCAUACCGUCCUCGUGGUAUCGUCAAAUAUUUGCUCAUGAUUUCGAUCGAUAUUACAUAAUUGACGCACUACUAGCCAAUGGUGGUGUCAUCUCUGGCGACAAUUUUCUUUUUAUGGGUCAUGCCUACUCUCUGAAAGUGCCUGACGUUACUACAACGAUGGCACACUCGACUGUAGCAUCAAACUUGCAAACUGUAAAUCUGUCAUCAAAACAGAAGAUCGAUCUUGUUUGUCGUUAUGUUGAUCUAAUCAUUGAACAGGACGGCGCCAGACAUGAUAAUUACAAUGAUAUAUUUCUAUUGGAAAAUGCUUAUGAUGGCUCCCAAUUGUACUUUACACAGAAGCAUAGCCAAUGGAUUCGGCAAAAUCAAUUUCAACGAUUAGAUGUGAUUUAUAUUCUAACUAACUAUGGACAAAUCAAAGAAGAUAAAUCCGAUAACUGGCUGUUGUAUUACAAUGAUCAUUUCAUACAUCUUCCGGUUUCAAUAAUUCGAUCGUUUAAAAUUGCAUCGCAAAACAUCGGUUAUAGCACUCAUUCAUUGAACGAACAAUAUCUUCGUGAUACGCAACCAAUAGCUCAAGCGACUAGAAUCAGAGCAGCAACACCACCACCGGUAACCAACAGAGACGCUCAAUUCGGUGCAUACUUACCCUCAGAAGCAAAAGCAAGCUUUUUUAAACGCUACCAUAGUACUAUUGAUUACAUGUAUCGUCAUAAUCUAAUUACAUGGGAUAAACGUUUAAAAUUGAUAAAACUUCAUUUUUCGGAUCAAACAUUAAUCCUACCGAUUGAUCAUCUGCAUUCGAUUCUUGAUCCUCGUGUUAUGUCAUCAUCAUCAUCAACUGCCGAGGACGUGCUUCCAUUCACAAGUCGUCAACUAUCGCAAUAUCUUAUAAACAAUUCGCACAUGAUCAAUAAUUUCGUUUGA